GUUUAGUGUUGCAAAGGACGGCUUGACUAUUGGUAAACUGUUUGUUGCGUGUUUUGUUGGUAAAGAAAAUAAACUCGGUUUUCUUGAUUUCGUCCGAAAGUGUUCGUCCCAAAUUAUGUUUAUCUGUUAAGUGUAAAGUCACCAUACCCAAAAUGCAUUACUUAUUGUGCGUUAUCAGCCUUGCGGGCUUGGUCGGCUCAGCUAUCGGCCAAUACAAUCAGCUGGAGCAGCGCAAUUGCAUCAUUCCGAAGAUCCUGCAGGGAUCCUGGUUUUCUUGGGAAACGGGCCUUCCCACCCAGACGGUGAUCGAUGCCACCAUGAUGUCCAGCCGUGGCUACUGCAUCAACUACAUGCGCCACCACGGCGACGAGUACUCCUUCGUCUUCAAGGAGCGCUCCAAAAAUUGCUACCAUUGCGUCCGGACCAUCAUCCGCACCCUUAAUGUGUUCGAAAAGUUUGAGGGUCCCUGCGUGAGUUUGCCGCCGGGACAGGAGCCCACGGUGGAGAAUGUCUGCAGGGGCAUCAAGGAUGACCAGCAGCUGAUCACGCUCUUCAAUGAGAACUUUGUGCCCAUCAACUGCCGGUCUUCGCUGGAGGGAGUUUGGCACUUCACCUACCAGAAUCGUUUCCGUUUUACUGGCGUAUGUGACAAGCCAGACGCUCGCAUCCAGUCUUGCCAAACAGCGGGCACCCAGUUCCUCAUCCAGAAUCAGAAGUUCAACAUCACCUAUCAGAAGUGUGAGGGCAUGGAGGGUACCUUCAGCGGCAAUGUGGAGUUCAGCUGUCUGGGUGAUUGGUUUGUGGGCAAGAAUCACUACUUCGCGGUGGCCAAUACGAAGGAAUCUCGCAAGGAUGAGAAGUACCGGUGCUUCCUUAAGAAUCGUGACGACGAUCUCUAUGUGGGUGUGUCCAUCACUGCCGAGUGCAACACCCUAAAGACGCCUGAAACCUCGCCCGAGCGUCUCAAGUUGACGCCCGUAAAAGCCGAGUUUGUGGAACCGGGCUGCACACUGCCACAGAACUUUAGCGGCGAAUGGGUCAAUACGGCCAAUAUUGAUGCCGAUGUAUCGAUCAGUGAGACGCACAUUAACGAGACCUACUAUCCAGACAAGGCCCGCUACCGUAAGACCAUCUAUGUGUGCCGCGAGCGUCGUGGAAAUCGUGUGAUGAUGGCCCGCCUGACCGUUGACGGCUGCCAAAAGGAUUACGUCUGCUUUGACUUUAUGCCCCGCCACCAUAACAUCAUUCGCUACCGCAAGGGUUUGGCCGUUAUCAAGGACGACUUUAGUACGGUCUGCUCGUGGGUUCAGUUCCCGAAUGCGGAGGCCUGGAAAUAUGACUUGUUCCUGGCUCGAAAUCCUGUUCCCGUUCGCUGUCCUGUCGCGGGUAAAUUUAACUUUACCCAACGGGGAGAACAUCCCUUCAAAACAAGAAUUCUUGGUGGUGUCACCCUGAGUCCCCGCCCGGAUAUCCACUGCAAACAAAACAUAUCCGACCUGUCGGUGUGCGAUACUGACCAAAAGGAACUGGCGGUGGAUGAGAACUAUUGUCUGUCUGUAGAUCAUUUGGGUCGCCCGGUUGAUAUCUACAGUGAUCCCGAUUACCGAAUGAAAUGUAUUGGCUUCUGGAAGGAGAAUCUGAAGUCCUACCUGAUUACCUACGACGAUCUGGAUCCACUCUCCAAAUACCGCUGCUGGGUGUAUCAACGCGCUGACCUCAACCGCGUCCUUAUGUCGCAGGCUGUGGGUGCCUUCUGCAAGUUGGAGCAGGACGUGACUUCGUGGAACCACUCAGAGGGCGCUGCGGUAGCCAUCGAUGCUGUAGAGUAUGAGCGUGAACGCGACGACUGCCCCAUGUACUUUGACGACGGGUUGAACCCAUGGAAACCAUCGGACGCUUCCAAUAUAGUCUUCGAUUGGGACUUUUACCGAGCAGGAGCAGCCACCCUCGAUGGACAACUGGCUUGGGUAUUCGCCCUGGUCUGCGGGCUGGUAAGGGUCUUGGUCGCCAACUAAGUUCAAGGUAUUUUUUAAUUUAACCAUCCAACGAAAUUUUAUUCAACCUCGAGUGACUUUUAGAAUUAAUUGUGUGCCUUAGAUUGCGAUUUAUUGAAUUUUAUAAGCAAAUUUAUAGCCUGUAAGUUGACGAAACCAUUUUUAACAUGUAAUUAGCAACAGCCAUUCCGUCCAGCAAGAAUCUCAAAGUUUUGUUUACACAAUUAAAGCAGAUAAAUAAAUGACACGAACAAAUAAA